ACUCUUUUUCAUUUGGUACCUACGAACCAAACAGCCCACGAUGCACUUCUUCACCCUGACAACAGUCACUUUGUUUCGACAAGUCCUUCCCGCAAGCAACUGGGACUAGAAAUCGGUUUCCAUGUCCCGUCGACGCCUAGCGGCCGUGUUAUAACCAGACUCGGGCGAAAUGCGGACCUCAUCCUCCGCGGACGUGCGGUCUCAGCAGUCCACGUCGCAUUCGAGAUUCACCCAGAGACCCUCGUUGUACUGCUGUCGGUCCGGUCCAAGAACUCGACGUCUGUCACCAUUGCACCGAUGCAGAAGGCAGGGCACGAAGAGGUAAUCGACGGAGAUUGCGUCAUUGUCUACGGACAAGAUUAUCGUAUGACGAUCGCGUCUCAUAAUUUCGAAUUGAUAUGGCGGAGACCCGAAGCGUACGACGUGAUAAUGGCGCUAAGGGAGCUGGCGAUACGAGGGUACCAGGACUCUCUGCAGCGGCUACAACAUGUCCGAUCACGGGACCUCCCAACUGAAUUCGAUCAGUCAGAACUUCACACAUGGCACAACACCAGAAUACACACGGCACGCAAAGUCCUGUUCCGUGAAGCCGAAGGAGCACCUCGUGCCCUUGUCGGCGAGGGACAGUUCGGGAAAGUCUUCCGCGCAGUCGACCUUGUAUCUGGGAACCCCUUCGCCGUGAAAGUGGUCUUGCUGCAUAAGUAUACCAACAUGGAGCUGGCGCGAGCCGCUCUUCACAGGGAGGUCAAGACUCUUGAGAAGCUCAAACAUAGGAACAUUGUCGAGUAUCUAGGUACCGCCAAGUGGGAUACCAUCCAACCCGAGAUCUUCAUGCCUCUACGCCCAGGGAGCCUCAGGUCGCUUGUCGAAACCAGGGACAGCGUGCCAGUGUGCGACGACGACAGCCUGUGCAUGCAAGUUCUGGAGCAGAUGCUCUGCGCCCUCGAUUACCUGGCCUCCCAUGGGCUAUGCCACCGAGAUGUCAAGCCCGAAAACAUCCUCUACUGGCCUGUGACCCAAGGGGUAUAUGGCUUCCAGCUCGCCGAUUUUGGCCUCGCCAAUCACCAAAGUCUUGCCAAGACAUUCUGCGGCACCGGUUACUACCAGGCUCCCGAGACCCACAUUCUGUAUGGCCAGUUUUCCCAGAGUCCCAAGGUGGACGUGUGGUCUCUCUUUGCUACCAUCAUCGACGUGCACCGCGAUUUCACCUUCCCGCCUUGGGACGCCAAGAGCUACCACGACGUCCUGCUCGCCAUCCGGGUCGCGGCGACAAAGAUGCCCAAGCUCAGCAGCAUGGUGAGAGAAGAUCCCGCACAACGGGCCUCGGCGGCGCAGCUGCUCGUGACCCACUUUGGUGGGCAGGGUUUGACGACACCCAGGGCCGCGGUGCCGCCGAUC